AAUGAGAACCAUUUUCAGGAGAUGUUUGACGAGGGAGAAGCACGAAGUCUAAUGCAACGCCAUGCUGCCAAAUUCCUUUUAUGUUCCAAAACAAGAGGUAUGCUCACCCAGAGUGCCGUGGACUUGGUCAAAGAUUCAGCGAAAAAUCUACUAACUGAGUAUUUGGACAUAGUCAAAAAAUCGCUUGUCGAAAAGAUAAACAGUAAUCCUGGUCAAGAAUUGCAAUUUGACCAAGAUGUGGAAAAGUUAUUUUCAGCAGAGAGUGUCUUCGACGGAGUUGAUUCAGAAUACCAACAAAGAUCAUAUUUUAAGCGUCAUUUCAAUUUGGUGGUAAGUUACCAACCUACCAAACCUGAACCAGCUGCCAGCUUUGUCAGCUUGCUUUAUAUUUUUUUAACUGAUUUGCAGGAACCAAUAGAAGUUGAGAUGGGAAAACAGUGGAGAAGUGAUUUUCGACAAGGGAGAAAAAUACUUAAACGUGUCACAGUUUUUGGUUAUCAAGUUCCAUUAUUAAAGACUUUGGAGGCACUUCUUCAAAACCCAGAUGUUUUAAAGGAAGUUGAAAAUCCACAUUUUUCAUGUGAUGGUGUUCUUCGAGAUGUAAUGGAUGGGGGUUUUUUCAAGAGUCAUCCAGUAUUCUCCCUCCACAGUGAUGCCCUGCAGCUGUUGGGCUAUUAUGAUGAUCUAGAAAUAGCCAAUCCUUUAGGUUCAAAAGCAAAGAUUCAUAAAAUUGGUGUGUGUCUUUAUAUUAUGUCUAUGAAUCUAUGAACAGCUUAUUUCAUAAGCAUGUUAGCUGCCCAAUCACAUAUAAAAUUUGUUUUUAGGUGUCUUUUACUUUGUGC